GGAGCGCCCAGCCUGCCUGGGCUGGAGGCUGCACGGUCUUUGAUCCUCACUCUCCCGGGGACAGGAGCGGGCCUGGGAGGCCGGCCAGCUCGGGCAAAGGAUACCUCAUCAGUAGCUUGCAAAUCUGCAGGCAAUGAUGUAGGCUGAAUUUUUAUUUAAAAAAAAAUUGCUGAACACUUCUUAACUAGACAGAACUUUUUAGUAUCAUUCAAUGCCUAACGUUGCAGAAGGUGAAAGGGAGAAUGGUUCUGGACAUAAAGAAAACAGACCUGAAAAAAAAUCUCCAGAAGCUACUCUUCAUGAUGAUGUAAAGCCAUAUUGCACUUCAGAUGCAUCUGCUACGUCACUGGGUCCUACUGGAGAUGGGCAUUAUCCGUGGGGGUGUCCUGUGACUCACACCCGAGAAAAAAUUUAUACCAUCUGCUCAGACUAUGCUUUUUUAAAUCAGGUAACGUCUGUUCAUAAAAGUCCAAGUGCUACAGUUAGUGCCUGCCUACCAGAUAGUGCUGCCUUAAAUGUUGGAAAUAAUACACCUAACUUCAUUGACAUUCAAAGUGGAGCUUCAGAGAUAAUCUACCAUGAAGACACUAACUUGGAAAAUUUAUCUAGUAGUCUUGGAAAGCUUCCACUGGCAUGGGAAAUUGACAAAUCAGAGUUCAAUGGAGUGACCCCAAAUCUGAAAAACAGAGCAGGCAACAUGAAGAAACAAGUAACAAAGAAAAAAUCUUUGGACAAAAAAAGCAAACAAUACAGGGAGUGUUCUCAACAUUCCACUGUUGAAGAAAUAAAGCAGCGGAAAGUGCUCGACCUCAGGAGAUGGUACUGUAUUAGCCGACCCCAAUACAAGACUUCCUGUGGAAUUUCCUCUCUAGUAUCUUGCUGGAAUUACUUAUAUAGCACACUGGGAACUGGAAACCUACCACCUAUUACUCAAGAAGAAGCCUUGCAUAUUUUGGGCUUUCAACCCCCAUUUGAGGAAAUUAGGUUUGGUCCCUUUACAGGAAAUACAACUUUAAUGAGAUGGUUUAGACAAAUUAAUGAUCAUUUCCAUGUAAAAGGAUGUUCAUAUGUUCUAUAUAAACCUCAUGGGAAGAACAAGACAGCUGGAGAAACUGCUGCAGGGGCCUUGGUAAAGUUAACACAAGGACUGAAAGAUGAAUCGAUGGCCUAUAUCUAUCAUUGCCAAAAUCAUUAUUUUUGUCCAAUUGGAUUUGAAGCUACCCCUGUAAAAGCUAGUAAAGCAUACAGCAGAGGUCACCUCUUGCAACAAGAAGUGGAGUAUUGGAUCUUAAUUGGAGAAUCAAGUAGAAAACACCCUACCAUUCACUGUAAAAAGUGGAUAGAUAUUGUUACAGACCUGAACACUCAAAAUCCAGAAUACUUGGAUAUUCGGCACCUGGAGAGGGGUCUGCAGUAUAGAAAAACAAAGAAGGUAGGAGGAAAUCUGCACUGUAUCAUUUCUUUUCAGAGACUUAACUGGCAAAGGUUUGGUCCUUGGAACUUCCCAUUUGGAAACAUUAGACGAGAUAUGCAACCACAAGCACAAGGAAUUGCGAAAUCUGAAAGCGAAGACAAUAUCACCAAGAAACAGCAUGGACAUCUGGGUAGAUCUUUCAGUGCUGGUUUUCAUCAAGAGUCCAUGUGGAAGAAAAUGUGUAAUCUUCAUGAGAGGAGGAACAGUGGAUAUCAGAGUUAUACUGAUUAUGAUGGGAAUGAUAGAAAUUAACUUAGUACAGCACAACUAAUGUACUAAAGUUUUGCUAAGACAUGGUAGGAGUUUAUUAAGCCUAGAGUAGGUAUGACUAGAAAUGGUAUAAAAGGCAAUCUCAUAGUUAUUUAAAUACAUACUUCUGUGUAUGGUUGCGAUGGGUGAGAUCAGAUGUGAAAACUAACAAAUAAGCACAGAUUAUUGUACUUUGUAAUCAGAGUAAAUAUAAUAAGCAAACUGUCACUUCAAAUAAUUGAACUGCAUUUGGGACCGUGGAAAAAACAAAAACAAAUUGUGGUUAAAGCCAUUUAUGUAAACAAACAGCAUUGAAAAGUAUUCAAAGCAUGAACCUUUAUAUCUUAUUACAUUCCAAAUGAUUAUCCUGGAUACUAUAUAAGGAUAAAAAUGUAGACAUUUCCUUCCUUUCUAACAUUUUAUUUUUAUUUUAAAUGCAAUAAGGCUCCCACUGUCAAUUAGAAAUAUUGUAAUACAAAAAACUUGUCAAACAUAACUGAGUGGGUGGUCUCAGUCUAAUUCCCAGUGGACUAGUGUCCAUGUCCCUUAAAAUAAUGAUAUUUUGCCAACUGGUACAAAUUAGUGCUAUUGUAUCUGAAAAGCCUGAGAUUGAUCGUACAGGGGAAAAUGACAUUACUCUGGGUCAGGCUUCAGGCACAACAGUAGGGUGGGCUUGUGCUGUUACCCCUCUUCUGCCUGUUCUGUAGAUAAAGUAGUGGAUUUUUACUACAGCACCUUUGUGAGCACUGAAUUUGCUUCAUUUUCCACAGGCUUCUUAAAUAAAAAUGAAGUUGAAUUUGCUGAUAACCAAGCUGAACACACUUUGGCCUGUUGGCUGUUCUUUUCCUUCAUUGUGUCUCCAAAUUUCUUAGUGUUCUUACUUGUUAAUUUUUCUAUGAGGGGUGACACUAUUAAGUACCAAAGAAUGCUAGCAGCCCUAACAGUAUAUCUGUCAGCAAACAAUUUAUAUUGUUCAGGUUUCCAUGUAAAGCACCUAUAUUUGGACUAAUAUAACUUUCUUUGCCCCAAAACAUUUUAGCAGUUAUAACAUUCUACAUACAAAUGAUGAGCUCAAGGAUUAAUUUUGUUGACAUGAACACUUGUCAUGGAAUGCAGGGUUUUUUGUGGUUUGCUGCUUUUGUUAACCAAAAAACGGGAAACUUUUAGACAAUUUUCUUCAUCCAAUAAAAUUUGUUUUCUACUUUGUCA